CAAUGGCUUAUGCAGUCCGCGUGUACCCCAGUUGCAGUCGGCUUCCUGUCUCAACGCUGCGUGUGUUUUGUUGUGAUAGACCGGAUCACGUGCCCUCAAUUGAAACCCUACUCCGGCUACCGCUACUAGAUGUGUUUUAGCAGGCUUUUAGGACUUUCCGUGGGGAAAGGUUCGAUGCUUAGAGUACCUCCCAGGAGGCUUCAUAUGGAUAAGUUAGCGAACAAUCAAAACUUGCCUUACUGGGAGUGACGCGAGCUCCGCAAUCUGAUCUGCCAGAAGCAAGUCAGAUGUAUAUAUCGGCCUUCACAAUGUAAGCAUUUUUGCUGGAGAUAAACCUGUCAUCAUCUGAAAGUUUUUUUUUUCUUUAUGGAGGCUGCAGAAGAUCAGUCAGAUGGUUUCCAUCCAAUGUGUGAUAUGUUUUGUUUUGGCACAUCUGCAGCAUACAGCUUGCCUCAAAAACAUGUGGAAGGUAUGCAUGUUAACAAUCCGGUAGACCGUUCCCAUACAGAGUCCAUAUCUGACUGGUAUAGGAGCCUUUCUAGAAGUAAAAAUGACUACCAGCUGAAAAACUGUGAACAGAAAGUGACACAAAGUGAUCUGAGUAAGAAUAAUGCCUUAUUGAACAGUACUGUAGCAGUUUCAUACCAUAGUCGAUCAUACAUGCCUGCUUUUCAGGAACCUUUAGCUGAACAACAGCAUCUAACUUCCCAGUUUGUUUCUCCUGCUUGUAUGCAGUCCCAACAGACUUCUGUUCGAACUUUGUGUGAUUUGUCACUUGAGCAGUCUGUAACAACUGAAGAGGUGAUGGUGAACAAGUGUGAUGCAGUAAAAAAUGAUUACCACAGAGUGCAGCAUGCUGCACAGUAUCGGUCAGUAUUGCAUAGCAAAGGCACAGCCCUUGGUAAUUCAGCUGUACAGUCUGGAGCAGGUACAUGGCCCCUGUCACACUUUGGAGGUGUAUCAUAUGAUGGAUGCAGCUCUUUAGGAAAUUCCUUUUAUAACACUGCAGUUAUAAGAAAUUCUUGUUCUUACGUACGUGGUACUAGGGAGGACCAACUUGUGAAAAGUUCAGAUUUAUGCACCACGUUGAGUGAUGAUGAGAGCAGCAUUCAGCCUGGAGUGUUUUCAUCUAAUUAUAAGCAUCUCUUGGAUGCAAAAGAUAAUGUUCAGAAUUUGAAUGGGAUAGCAAUUUUUACGGAUGAAAAACAGCAGAAUGAAAGCAUAGUAGACAAAAAAUGUGACAAUGUUGACAGCAUGCAUAGGUAUCCUGGGUGGCACAGCAAUGUAGCUGUGGACCAUGAAAUACAGCCAAACAAAUUAGAGAUUUUGAAACCUCUGAGUAGUCCAAACAGAACAUUUGGUAGAAGCUACACUUGUUUGAAUAGCCUGUCACCUUCAAGUAUUUCUUUAAGUAAUUCUUUAAAUUAUAUCACUAUGCAUCCUCACAGUUCUGUGGUUAAUAUUCAGCACUUAGAAAAGGCAAGUGACUGUGCACUUGCCGAUAAUGAACAAGUGACAGAAAAUAAUGGGCAAAAUAUAACCAAGGAAUCUGUGCAACGGUCAAAAUAUACGUUGAGUUUAAGUAAUGCAGUAAUGUCCGAUGAUUUAACACAGAAGCAUGUCAGUGCGGAGAGUUUAUUGAUAAACACUGGAUCAGUUCUUAAGGAUGCUGCGCAUGUAGAGACAUUGAAUUGUAAUUCUGAAACAUUCCCAGGGUGUACCACUGUGUUUGAAGAAAAAAGUGUUGGAAUUCAGAGUACAACUGAUGCAGUUCCACUGUCUGAACAGGAUUGCCCCCAGGAAUGUUACACUUUACAUGGAGACAAUCUAGCAAGUGGAGAAGAUGUGGAAGAACUAGAAAAUCAGGUUUUUCAAACACCAUGUAUUAUAGAAAGUAGCAGUAGAAAAGAAGACCUCUUAGAAUCUGCUGAAAAUGUGGGACACCAAUGUAUUCAGAAAUGGUGCAUUACAGGCAGCCUAGUAACUGAUGAAACAGUGCAUGAAGAAAAGGAAAAGCUUUUUGUCGAACAACAGUACAGUGCAAUCAGAAAUAGUGAAAAUGCAAGUGAGAUGGUGAUGGAUAAGAAGACAGAAGAAAAAAUGAGGCAUCUUCAAACACAGUGCAUUAAUAGAAUUUCUGAUGAGACAACUAAUCCAGAAGUUGAAAAAGAUCUAAACCACGUAGAAUGCAAGAGUCUCCAGAGUCCAUGCACUUCUGUCCAAAGCACUGAGGAGGUAAAAGAAACUGAAGAUCCAGAAUUAAAACAAUGUCUUCAAAUAGACUGUACUUACAAUAAUAAUGAAGACUCUGACGGCCUGCAAAAAGUGCAUCACCAGACAGAUUGUAUUAUAAACAGAGGCACGGAUGAAUUACGCAAUCUAAAAACUGGUAAUUUUAAACGGCUAGAAAGACACUGUGCUGCUAAUCAGAGCAGUGAAGAACUGGACACACCAAAAGAAGUCCUAGAGUUAGAAAAACAGUGUUUUGAAAGACAGCAUAUAUGCUGUCAAAACAGUGAUGAGCAAGACAGUCUAGAAAACAAACACUUACAGGCACAGAGUAUUAUAAAAAGUGGGACUGCUGAGUCUAGUAAUCUAAACAUUUGUCAAGCUCCAGAACUGCUGGAGAAACAGCAUCUCUGGAGAUGUGAUACCUUUGAACAUAGCAAUGAAGAGCUAAACACUCAGGGAACUGUUGAUGACUUAGCUUUGGAAAGUCAUCAUCUCAGAGAACGUAUUUCUGUCAGAAAGUGUGAAAAGCCAGGUAGUCUAGAAAAAGAGCACUCCCAAACAUGGAAUUUUGCAAACAGAAGCACUAAUGAAUCGGGCAAUACAGAAAUUAGUAAUCUUGAAGUGGAAGUUCAGUGUCCUCUAAAACAUUUUACUUUUGAUCAAAGCAGUGAAGAGCAGAGUGCUGAAGAAACAGAUGAGAAGUCUGAAUUAAAACACCAGCAUUUUCAGAGAUACUUCAGUGAAGGACCAAAUAACCUGGAAACUAGUAAAGCAGAUAAUCUGAAAACAUCUGACAGAAUCCAACGAAAGUCAGGCAGUUUUGAAAGUGACACUGCAGAGACAAGUGAAGAACUGGAACAGAGUUUCUGGAGAGACUGUAUAGCAGACAGAAAAGGUGAGGAAUCAGUUAGUUGGCUUCAAGGUUAUAGUAUAGUCAAAAAUGACAAAGAGCAGCGCAUUCUAGAGAAUAAAAGUGAAGGACAGCUAGAAAACCAGCAUUUCCAAAGAUACUGUACAACAGAUGCCAAGUGUGAAAAAUUUAGCCUGGAAACAGUUGAACUAACAAAAAGGCUAAACAGUCAGUAUCUUGAAAGUUGUACUAGAUUGCACAGAAGUACUGAAAACGCUGUCAGUGUAGAAACUGGUGAAGUAGAAACGCACGCUCAUCUGUGGCUUACAAGACGUAUUGAAGACAAAAACAGUGCAGAAUCUGUUUGCCCGCAAACUAAUGAAAAUCUAGAAGGUGGUAAUCAGUUUGUGCAAAACCUCUGUCCUGCAAUUAAAACCACUCAGGAGUUGGAAAACCUCAACACAUGUGAGGAAUUAGAAGGAAGACUAGAAAAUCCUGGUAUCCAAAGUCUGUGCGUUGUGGACAGAAGCACUGAAGAGCCAGGUAACUUAGAGAUUGUAGAAGGAAUAGAAGGAUCAAAAGACCAGCAUUUCCAAAGAGAGACUGUUGCGGAAGUAAAACAUGAAACAUCCGACAGAUUAGAAAAUAGGGAUAAAUUAGGAAAAAGGCAAGACCAAGACUGUACUCAAAGAAGCUGCAGUGCAGACCGAAUUAGUGUAGACUCCUGCAACGUAGAUACUGGUGAAAGAGUAGAACACCCAUGUAUUCAAAGACACCUCACUGUGACCAGAAGCAGUGAAGUACCAGACAAACUAGAACAUAGUGAAAAACAAGAAAGCUUAGAAAAUCUUUGUCUUCAAAUAAAUUGCACUGGAUACAGAAGUAGUGAAGAACUAGGCAGCUUAAAAAUUUGUGAAAACAUAGAAGAAACUUUGGAAAAUCAGAGUCUUCAGGGAUAUAUAGAUGAAAAGCAUGAUGAGCCAGACAGACUUGAAACUGGUGACCUGAAUGAAGAUCAAAAAGAACAGUGCCUUCAGGAGGGCAAUGCUGUGGACUUAAGUAGUCAAGUAUCAGUCAUUGUAGACACUAGUGAAGAACUAGGAAAAGGGCUUCAACACUGUUUCCAUGGUACAAAUGGAAGUAAUGAGCCAGCUAUUCUGUUAAAUGAACCUGAACAAGAUCUAGAAGAACAGUGUAUUCAAGGGCUUGCUACACUUGGAUGCAGCAAAGAGCCAGACUUCCCAGAAGUGGAUGAAGAACAAAAACAUGUAGAGCUGUCAUUAGGAAAUUGUUCCACAACUGUAGGGUCACUUGUAAGUACUACAUUCAACAUGGAGUCUGUAGAUUUGGAAGUAAAAGGUGAAAGUUUUGCUGGUGACGUUGCAGGUUCCAAAGUAUUCUGUUGUACUGGUACAUCUGGCAGUGUUUCCGGACCUCCCGAAGUAGAAAAUAUUUUGUCCAGUGAAAUGAAAAAAGAAAAGAAAGAUACACAGCCAAGGAUAUUUGAAAGAAAAAUUCUUCCAGCUCGUUCUACAAGAGGUAUGAGAUUGGAAGAGAUAGUUCAGAAUAUUACACCUUCUCGAUCUAAAGCUUCAAGUUCUCAUAUUGUAAAUAAAGUCCCCCUAUUAAGAUCAAAAAGACUUCCACUUAGUCGACAGUCUAAACAAGCUGCUGAAGAAAAAUUACGUUCAGAGGCUGCCAUUAAGAUCAGUAAUGAUAAAGGAAGUAAAUCUUUAAGAAGUAAAGGUUCUUUAUUGAAGAAGAGUAUUAUUAAAGAUCCUGUAAAACCAAUUCAGGCAAAAGCGUCUGGCCUUAAAAGCAAGAAAAGCACUGUUCAAGAGCCUGUUCAAGAAUCGGCCCUAACUGCCUCCUCAGCUCAGACUGUUAAAGAUUCUUUAUCUUUAAUUUCUUGUCUUUCUAAAUCUGUCAAGACUGAACCUCAGACAACAGUUUUAGAAGUAGUGAAAGGUAGCAAGUCAAAAAAUGCAUGUAAAUCACAGCCCAAUGCUGCUGGAAGUCAGCACAGGGAAAUGGCAAGUAAGGACUUGUGUCAAGAAAAUAGUGGGUCUCACCAAAGAGCAUCUGGAGAAGCUGGAAAAAAGCAUAAUGUAAAGCGGAUUAAACGAAAACGAGAACAGCAGUCAUCAUUGUUCUUGCCAAAUGAGCCUGAAAUAAGACUUAAGUAUGCUAAUUUCAAAGAUGAAAGGAGAGACACUAGAAUGGACACAUUUGCACCAUAUGUCAAAGUUGAAAUGAGAGACCGUUACACUUGUACUAUAGUAAACUAUCCAGAGGAGGAACCUUGUCUUAAGAGAAAAAAAAGUGGUAGCUUAGUUGUACAGAACUAUUCAGGUGUAAUUCCUUCAUCUUCAUGUCUCACAAUAGGACGAAUAAGCAAUGACACUAAAAGUAGAGGUGAACUUGUCUGCUGUUUGUGUGGGAGGUCAGCAAAUGCAGCCGGUUUGGGGGACCUUUUUGGACCUUUUUAUCCUGAAGGCCUCAAACAAGAGAAAACUUUUGUAAAUUCAAAAAGCAGUUUAAAAGUAGAAAAUGAGAAUGGUGGUGAGUUUUGGAGUGCCCAAGAAAAGAACAGUAGCCAGAUGCUCGGAGGGCCAAGGACUCGAUCAUCUAAAAACAGUCAAGGUUCAAAAAAAGACAAAACGGGGCACAUAAACAGACUGAACAGUUUAGAAACUGUAGUUAGAAGCCCCCCAGCCAAGAAGAUGAAAAAAGAACCCACCUUAGAGGAAUGGUUUCGUCCUCCAGUAGUUCCCCUAGAGAGUAAUGAAUACUGGGUACAUGAAGACUGUGCAGUUUGGUGCACAGGUGUAUACAUAGUGAAAGGAAAACUGUAUGGCUUGGCAGAAGCAGCUAAACUUGCACAAGAAACGAUGUGCUCACAGUGCCACAAAAAUGGGGCCACAUUAGGUUGCUACUACAAAGGUUGCUCUUUUAAGUACCACUAUGUCUGUGCUGUUGAAGUUGGCUGCUUCCUAAACGAAGAAAAUUUUUCAGUGAGAUGCUCAAAACACAAGGAUAAAGUACUUAAAGGCUGUACAUUAAUAAAUGGAGAAAGGUGACACAGUCAUGAAACCCAGGAAAGCACAAACAAGAUGAUGGAAGAUUGUUCAGACCUCACAGGACAUAAUCGGCUGUCUUCUUGUGAAACUAUGAACCAAGAGGGCAGUUUUUCCUUUUUAAAAUGCUGUUUAAAUGAAACACUCAGACCUUAUGGGUACAUCAAGAAGUGAUGAAUUUUCAUUUAAAAAAACUGUCGAAUUGGAACUUAAAAAAAAAAAAACUUAAAUAUACAAAAAUGACUGCUUUAAAUUACUACCUUUUUUUUAUUAAGUGAAGCAUCAUCUCUGAUUAACUCGUAAUAGUGAUCAGAGAAACUUUAUUUUUAAAUACCCAUUCACUGCAGUCAAGAGGCAUACGUGUAAGUUUAUAUUUCAGACAUUGCAUUAAAAUAGUAUGAUGCUCACCUUAAUCGAA